UACCGGCUCAGUUGAUGCAUUUGGCAAGUGUCGGCAUGUUACAGACUGACCGUGACGUGUGUGUGUGAGUGAGUGUGUGUUGGUGUUAACGAGAGACGACCUCGCAUCAGAUCAUCAGUGUAAAAACAUCGUCACAUCAGCAUGGACUCAGGUUCAGAUGGCGUGCAGGGGCCUUCGUCAGCUGCAGCAGCUGCAGCAGCCGCAGCGCAGUACGGCGAAGUGAAUCAGCUGGGCGGUGUGUUCGUGAACGGACGGCCUCUGCCAAAUGCAGUGCGCCUGCGCAUCGUGGAGCUGGCCAAGCUGGGCAUCAGGCCGUGCGACAUAUCGCGUCAGCUGCGCGUCAGCCACGGAUGCGUGUCCAAGAUACUUGCACGCUUCAACGAAACCGGAUCCAUACUCCCCGGCGCCAUCGGGGGCAGUAAACCGCGUGUCACUACGCCAAAGGUGGUAUCCUACAUCAAGCAGCUGAAACAGAAGGACACGAGCAUUUUCGCGUGGGAGAUCAAGGACCGGCUGCUGACUGACGGAGUGUGCAACCGGAACAAUGUGCCGUCAGUCAGCUCCAUCAGUCGGAUCCUCCGCAACAAAGUUGGCACCCUGCUGCCCCACAGGGGGGCACACACUCCCUACGGCGCGCCCCCCUACACGCCGCUGCACGCGCAUGCGCACGCAUACUCCUUCUACCCUGCGGCUGCUCACUACUCCUACCCGGCGGCUGCGGCUGCGGCUGUACAGCGCAGGUUCGACAUGAAAUCAUCCAAGUCAUCGCCGUCAGCGUCCCCCGGCUCACCCGCCCCCCCUCUGGGGCCACCACCCCCGCACCCCUGGCCACACACCGUAUCCGAAAUCCUGUCGGGGGCGGCACAGGGAGGCGGCAGCAGUGGUCACCCGCCCCCUGGCGGCCCCCAAGACAACUACAACUGCUUCCAGAUGUGCCUGAGCUCACCUUACCAUCCUCACCCCCACGCCACCACCCCCACCACCAUCACCAGCCGGCGGCGGCGGCGGCAGUCGCCUAUCAGGCCGCAUGCGCCGUUUCAGUCGCCAAUCUCAGUGUCGCCGGCGACUCUUAUUGACGCCUGCCAGCACCCAGCAGUCACUCCUUAUUAGACUCAAAACAUAUUUUAUUGUCAACUCAAAACAAGUUGACUCAAUAGAAAUUAUCGACUCAGAAUUCGACUAAAAACAAAGUUGGUUCAAAAGAAAAUUAUUGACUCAAAAGAAAUGAUUUAUAAAAUUUGUUGAAUAGUAAUUGAUACUGUGAAAUUUCUCCAUAUAUGAACACAGUUUUAUUUUUGUCACAUACACAUUUAUUAGAUUUAUACACAGAACUGCAGUUUCGUAUUGAAACCCAACACAUCUUUAGCUGUAAAUGAAUAGAAUGUGUCUAUUUUAUAAUUAUAUCGAUCUAUUGCAUUACAGAUUUGAUAAAAGUUUGUAUUGAUACAUCCAUUGCAAUGCAGGUUCGACAUCGAAGUCAUCGCCGUCAGCGGCAACGUUCAACAUGAAACUGCAGUCCUGUGUACAAAUCAAAUAAAUUUGGAUGUGGCAUAAAUUAAACUGUGUUUUUUUCAAUUAGAAAUAAUUGACUUAAAACAAAUAAGCAAGUAUCUGGUUAUUGAAAAUUUAUAGUCUACUGAUUCGAAAGGAAUCAUCGUAGUAAUCACCUAGAAUAAUUGUUCAACAAGUGCCUCAUUUAUUGAAAUUGGAAGAAAUUUAAUAGUUAAUCAAUAUGAGUAUAAAAUCGAAUAACAUUUCUGAAGCUACUGGUCUGUAUAUCAAUGAAUAAAGUAAUUGAGUGUUGGAUGGAGAGUAAAGUAAUUUUUUGAGAAAAUAUUGCAGUGCAUUUUCCAAUAAAUCACAAAGAUAGCUCAUCAAUGUAACUUAAUAUAGCCCAGUCCCACUGUUAGACUAAACUACUUGAGUAUUUAGAAUGUGAUUUGUUCCCAGAUUAUUAUUUAAAAGUUGGGAAUAUAGCCUACUUGCUAAUACGUCUUCCAGAAAAUUGAGAAAAUAGUUUAUUUCAGAAUGAAUUUUUAAUGUUGUAUUAUUGAGAUAAAUCUUUAUAUGUAUUGCCUUUUGUCGUAGAGACUGACGUAGACUUUCAUCAGUGCAUUUUGAUUAGAGAAACACUUAUUUGGGUUCAGCAAGCCACAAAAAUUACGGGAAACAUAAAUAUUGGGUAACUUUAUGGCUUUGUGGAAGCUUACAGGUAAGGAAUACUCAACUACGCAAGUAGGGCAAGAAAAGUAAAAAUAGUCACUGAAACAAAAAAUUGUUUCAUAAUUUUGAAUGUGAAUAAAUCAAUUUAUCCUUAUCCUCCAGCCAGGAUAUAGCCUACUGAAAUAUUAUAAUUGAAGAAUAUGAAAACUUUGAAUAUGAUGAGUAAUUGAGACAAGAUAUCAAUAAUAUAUUUUGGAAUAAUAGGCCUAUAUAAUUUAUUUUUGUAGUUGUAAUUUCUUGAUGCAGAGCUGUUGAACCUCUUUUACUUAAUAAUUAAUUUAUUAUCUAUUCAUAAAUUGAGGAGAAUUAUCUCGCAACCUAGAACCUGAUUAAUAUAAUUAUUAUCUUAUCCAUAUAAAUAAAAACUAAAAGUUCUUAUAUUGUUUUUAUUUGAAUCAAGUAGCCCAUAUAAGCCAAGUGAUUUUAUCUUAUCCAUAUACAUCGAUGAGAAUAAUAUUAGCGAAUGUAACUUUAAUGGCAUUAAAAGGUUGUGGAGAGCACAUAUGCUUACAUACGUUCAACCUAUAGUGUUUUUGAUUUAUGAUUUUUUGUAUGUAAGUAAAUUACAUUGAACUUGAACCUUUAGUUGAAACUGUAAAUUUAUUACGUAUUUGCCAUUCAAUUUUUAUUUGAAUUCUAUUAAAUUGUGUGCCUUAAUUUUUUAUUUUCUAGUGAGAAUGUGUAUAGAUAAGAUUUUUUGAUAAACCUGAAGUUUGUCCUGCUGUGAUACGACGUAUACUUUAGACGGUUUACAUCACAUUUGCGCUUAAAUAUUUUUUUGCAUAAAUACGCUUUUUUAAUUGUUAUUUUGUCAAUCAUGAAUACAAUGGGUCUGAUGAAUCUUUGAAAAUUAUAAUAAAAAAAACAGAAAUGAGAAGGAUGAAAUAUCGAUAACAGAAGAAUAAAUAGCUGACAAUGAAUAAAGAUUGUCAUUUCUUUCAACUUGAUAAUUUAUCAUAGUAGGAUGACAUUUUAACCUUCAAGUUACCGCGUUGUUUGCUGAUUUCUCCUUUACAUUUUGGUGGUUAAAUAUACAUGGAAAUAGAAGACCAUCGCUAUUAAUUGUAUUGGACAUAAUAUGAUGGAAUUGAGCAAAAUAAUAAAUAAAACGGAAUACACAAAUAAUGAAGCAAAUAGAUAAUAAAUUAAAAAGCCCCUUUUCACAUGUAUUAAUAUUUAGAAAACUCUUGAAUGAAAUGUUCAUUUAUAAAAAAUGAUUACCGUACCUUAAUUCAAACUUCAAUAAAUCUGAAUUAUAACCUUAAAUCUGAAUAAAUUUCACUACUGAUGGCGUUUAGAAAUAUGCAGUAGCUUAAUGAUUAUAUAGGCAGUAGAAAAUGUGUAUUAACUGUCACAGAUAAUAUCAUAUUAUAAUAUUUUACAAGGGAAUCGGAUAUUAAUACAAUACCGUAUCAUAAAAUAUUCAAAUAUGUUAUUUAAUAUAUGAUCAGAGAUCGAUUGACUUGAGUUCAUGCUAAAUAUAACUUUAAGUUUAAAUCAACGAGCAAGAACAGUCAGUUAUUAAUAAUUAUGAUAUGUGCCAGAAGGGGUUCAAGUUUGAUAGGAUAAAAAUGGUCGGAAAUCAUUUAAAUAUGCCAAUUUGUGUCAUCACUUCAAAUGAGUUUUCGUUAUUAUUGAGAAUUAAAAGUUUUGGUAGUGAUAAUAGAUUUGUAAAAUAUGGAAUUUCCAAUGCCUGGUUCACCAUUAUUCGCUAAAAUUGUAUAAUACAGAACGAGAAAUACCCUGGUUGAAAACCCUGUCGUUCAAUUUUUGUCAAUAAAAAAAGGAGCUGAGGUAAGAAUCACAAAAAACAUAAAAUAAUAAGUGCACGUGUGCGUAACAUUUGUAUAAAGAAGAAUCAGGAUAGAAUCCUUGAGGUCAC